AUGUUAAUAAACAAUAAGGCAGACAUUAAUAAGUGUAGAGAUACUGGAGAAUCACCUCUGUACAUUACUUGUUAUAAAGGACAUACUGAAGAAGUUCAGAUGUUAAUAAACAAUAAGGCUGACAUUAUUAAGUAUAGAGAUACUGGAUCAUCAUCUCUGUACAUUGCUUGUUAUAAAGGACAUACUGAAGUCGUUCAGAUAUUAAUUAACAAUAAGGCAGACAUUAAUAAGUGUAGAAAAACUGGAUCAUCACCUCUGAUCAUUGCUUGUCAGAAAGAACAUACUGAAGUAGUUGAGAUGUUAAUAAACAAUAAGGCUGACAUUAAUAAGUGUGAUGAUGAAGAAGUAUCACCUCUGUACAUUGCUUGUCAUGGUGGAUAUAAUGAAGUAGUUCAGGUGUUAAUAAAAAAUAAGUCAGACAUUAAUAAGUGUAGAAAAAGUGGAUCAUCACCUCUGUACAUUACUUGUUAUAAAGGACAUACUGAAGUAGUUCAGAUGUUAAUAAACAAUAAGGCUGACAUUAAUAAGUAUAGAGAUACCUGA